AUAAUAGUAAGAUUUUGCUCGUUGGUUAUUCCUAUUACUUUUCAGUUGACGCAGCCCAACAUUACUGGAUGCUCCGUACUGACCUACUCAGCGAGCCAAAAUCUGCGAUUAUCAGCAAUACGUAACUGCUGCUUAGCCUAAAGUAUAUUAGCGGAACGCAACAUGGAAGCUUGCGCCAUUCUUCGUAUCAUCAGCACCUCAGCUUCACAUCUCUCACCUCAUCGCGUGCAAUUAACAAACUUCAUAUUCGUUUCUGAAUCAGACAACCAUGACCGACGGAGGUAUCAACCCUUCCGACGUGACGACGCCAAUGAAGGCUUACCUCUUUGGUUACCCCAUCUCUCACUCUUUAGCACCGCUGCUACACAACACCUUAUUUGCUGAUUUGAAUGUCCCCUGGACAUACGAACUUUUGGAGUCUACCAAUAAGGAUGAUCUGCUGGAAAAACUCAAGAUGGAAAGCUGCGUUGGUUCUGCGGUGACAAUGCCUCACAAGGUUGAAUUUGUGAAGGAGGUGGACGACACCACGGAUGAAGGCCACGAUAUUGGUGCAAUCAACACUGUGUUCAAACGCAUAGAUGCACAAUCCGGAAAAAUCAAGCUCAUUGGGACCAACACUGAUUGCUUUGGUGUUCGCGACGCAUUUUUGCUUAACUUUCCCGAUAUCAUCGAAAAGUCGACCGGAAAACCCGCCAUGGUCAUCGGUAGUGGAGGUGCAGCUCGGAGCUGUAUCUACGCACUGUGGAAAUGGUUUGGGGUGUCAUCCAUAUAUAUCGUUAAUCGUCGAGAAGACGAGGCGAAUGGUGUUAUUGAGCACAUUUUAGCCACUACCACCAGUCGUCCGAUUGAAUUUAUAUAUGUAAAGUCCGUUGAGGAAGCCGAGAAAUUGGAAGGACCGGCGCUUAUAAUCGGUGCGAUCCCUGAUAAGACGCCGGUUACGCCUGAGGAGGUUCUCAAUGAUAAGAUCAAGAUGACGUUUUUGAGCAAGCCUACGAAAGGUUACGUGAUCGAGAUGUGCUAUCAUCCCAACCCUAUUACAAGAUUCUAUAGAGAGUGCGAAUCAAAUGGAUGGAAGGUAAUCCCCGGUACUGAGCCAAUGAUAUACCAAGGUGUUGCGCAGCAAAUGCUUUGGACUGGUUUUCCAUUGGAGAAAUUUAGCACUGAGAAUGCUGCUAAAGCCAUAAACAAGCACAUCUGCUAGAGAUGGAAUUGCGUGGACGCAUCCGCUGGCCCGAAAAUUCAUACGCUUGGAAGGAGUAAUUAAUAGUUGUUUGCAUUUCCUUUAUGAGCUGUGUUUGAGAUAGAAGGAGAUAGAAGGAGAAAUAAAGAUAGAGAUAAAGACGGAUACAACUAAGGAACUGAUGUGUAUGAACAUGGAAGCAGGAGACUGCCCUCUAUAGUCGUUUACGUAGCAGCGA